UGACGACGCUCUCAAAACAAAAACAGAAAGUUUGCUGCUCGGUUGCCCAAUUUCUGUGCGAGUGAAAUUCUAAAGUUAAAUUGCAAUUAUUUCGGUAAAAGUUACAAAUGGAAUGAUUUUUCGUCUUCUGCACAUUCUAUGGAGGCAAAGCUCAAUAGCUACCGAUCGCAAAAACGACGCCAGGCGAUCCUAAACACCUUCAAAGAUCGCCUUUACAAUAUGGUGUCUUUCCAGCAGGUCCGAGUAGACGAAAAGUCGACCCACGUCAUUGUCGAAGCCGAUACUGAGCCGCAACCAAAAUCCAAGUCACCUAUCACUCCGGUGCAUCAAUCGAAGAUUGCCCCCACAACACACUCCAAAAAGCCCCGGCCGGUAUCGGAGUCGGAUUCGGUUGUAUCGAUCGGAAGCACGGGAUCCUCCAUCGAUGCGGACCAAUCCACGCCCAGCAGCCAGCACGCGAAACCACCCCGCCGAUCCUAUUUAACCUACAUCACCUACCUGGUGUACUUCCUGUUCUGGGUCACUCUGUACGCGAUCGCCAUCGAAUUGCGCUUCGGGGUGGUUUUCCUAAUGAUUUCCGCCCUGGUGGGAAUCUACUUCAACACCCGGACGGAGAAGGAACCGGGCGAGAUCAGUGCCUACAGCGUGUUCAACGAAAACUGUGAAGCCAUCGAUGGCACACUGAAGGCCGAGCAGUUCGAGCGGGAGAUUGGCAUCAGGCACUGAUCGCGUGGGUGCAAGAAGGGACGUUGUCCACUGUUAGAAUGCAUAAGAGCUCAUUCUUCUGAACCCACUUCCGGAUCGCAUGUGGUUAGAUAAACAUACCACCAUGUGUUUACCUAUUCAACUGGCAUUCUCUAACGUAACGCAGCUCACAUAUCUCCGCUCCGGAUUAUUGGAAGAUUCACUGUAUUUGACAGAAGAACCCAUCGCCAGGCAGGCACUUACAGUGGCAGGCAGGCAGACAGGCAGUCAUUCAGUCGUAUUUUGGAGGAAAUGAACUACGGAAAGCAACAACCUUCUAGGCCUGUGUUUUUUCGAUUAUCGCAGUCGAAUGCGUAGAAAUCGGAUUCCUAAUUCCUACCGCCGUCGUCGUCGUCGAGUUCCGCCGUGUUCCGUCGUGGUAGUGUCGUGGUCGUUCCGUCGGGAACUGCUAGUGAAGGAAGUGAUUCGAUGAACGCAAUCCUCCCGUGGACAGGAUUGUACGGAUGUUUUUUUUGUGUGUGGAAAGUGAUUGCCCUAUUACAAUAGUUGGAGUGGAAAUUUCCCUCCCAAGCAAUAAUAUUAUACGCAGUCAGUGGAUCAGCAGUGGUGCUGCGUGAAGAAUUUGAAUAUACUGAAGAAAACAAUUUACGAGAAUAUUCCCGUAGGUGCAACGUUAAAAAUACUUCGUGGCUACGGCCUAAACAGGUAUUCAACUAGUUCUUUGGAAACCUAUACCUACCUUAUAGUGAUCAAGUGAUGGUGUUUUGAUGCUGGCCCGAAGAAGUCAGCAACAGCAAAAGUAGCUCAACGAAGUGAAGUUAUUGGUAGCCAACCUCGAAGGUCAUUUGGGGAAAAAUAUUGCUUUGCCCUCGACAGGCAUUCAUCAGUGAUCAACGGUGUUGGAAGAAUUUGGAGAAGAUCUGCAUUGAGUGUGGGAUUUAGAAGAAAAGCUUAAGAGUAUCUCUUCCGGAAGGUGCAUCAGCAAGAAGCUAUCUCCUUCCCCAAAGUGCAGUGUGUUUAAUGGAAACAGGCUUCGCCACAGUGUGUAAAUAGAUGUAUGUGUGAAGCAGCACCAAUAUUAUCGAUACCAACUGAGUGAGAAGUAAAAUUUCUAAGGAUUUCGUAAUACAAAUAUAUACAGUGCAGUGUGGGUCUAUUUUCGUGGCCUCUGAAUAGCCAUUAUCAGUGCGUGCUGUUUUUUUUUGUUUUGUGGCUUGUCGUGGAGUUACAAAAGCGUUAGAUUAUACAAGCAUUUGGGAAUCUCCUGGAGAAGCAAACUCAUUUCGGACUGGAUUGAAGCAAUCGCUAGCAGGAGCAGCGACAUAAGGCGAAACGAAAAUGACGAGAGCUACGACAGCCAAACCGAAACCAGAAAAAGAGAAACGAAGG